GACCAUCCAUAUGGCCGGGAUCAUUUUCCAAGUAAGUUCUGAGAGAUCAAUAAUGGCUGCUAGGUUCAUGCGCAGAAAGAACAACUUGGUCUUCUUGGCGACUUAUUGAAGGAAGAUAAUCGCGUUAUUAAAAGCGGGGCUUGAGCUUUGCUGCUUCACACGCCCAAUAUUCGUCAUCCUAGAGAGAGAGAGAGAGAUAGAGAUGGCGGUGCAAAUGGCAGUAUUUCAGAUAAUUUUGUUAUUGUUUUCAAUCUAUGCAUUUGUGCAAGCAGCGAGUUUUUCAUUGAGUUCAUGCCAAGCAACCUGUGGGGAUGUUAACAUCAAAUUCCCUUUCGGAAUAGGAGCUGCAGAUUGCUACGCUGAUAAUUCGUUUGAAGUAGUUUGCAAUAAUGACUCUUUGGGAUCCUCUCCCAAACCUUUCUUGAGGAGCCUCAACCUAGAGGUGCUGAACAUUUCAUUAGAAGGCACAGUUCGCGUCAACUAUCCGACAUUUUUUAAUUGUACAAAUGGUUCAAGCAGCGCAGCAAAUAUUGUGAACUUAGCAAACAGCUCUUUCGUCUUCUCCCAGUCCAAAAACAGAUUCAUCGCCAUGGGUUGCAACAACUUUGCUUCAAUGGUGUCCGUAGAAUCCAACAGUUCUGGUUCUGUUAUUGGUGGGUGCAUGUCCAUUUGUGAUGCGAGUAUAGUGGUAAAUGCAAGCAGUUGCAAUGGCAUUAACUGCUGCCAAACCACAAUUCCUUCGGAUCUCGUUGCCUUCAAUACAACAAUAGAGGUGAUGAAGAGUAAAGACACUGUCAUCGAUGGAUGCCAGUCGGCAUACUUGGUAGAAGAAAAGUGGUUCAUGACCGAUUUGCAGACUACUCUUCCGCUUCACCUUUACGUUCCGGUGGUGUUGGAAUGGUGGAUUCCAUAUGAAUCAUUCAUCGCACUUCCAAUAGCCAAUAAUAGGUCCUCAACCUAUAAUUGCAGCCAAGUGCGGCGUAACCAACGGAACGCAACUUUUACAUGUUCUUGCAACGUCGGCUUUGGAGGAAAUCCCUAUGUUCCUGGAGGAUGUCAUGUUAUUGAGAAAUGCGAGCCCUCACACGCUUGUUUGGAUUACAAUCGAUCCAGACUUGAUCAAUAUUGUGAAAUUACAUAUAAUAUGGAAGAAAAGAGAGAGGAUAUUUACAAUGGGUCUUACAUUUGUUACCGUCCGGUAUUUGACAUCACCGAGCGUCGGGUUGAAGUGUUCACGAUAGGUAUUAGCAGUAGCCUUGGACUUUUGGUUCUACUUGUUGGUGGAUGGUGGUCCUACAAAGUUGUAAAGAAAAGGAGAAAGAUUAAACAGAAGAACAAGUUCUUCAAACGAAAUGGUGGUUUAUUGUUACAGCAGCAAUUAUCUUCACAUGAAGCCAAUGUUGAGAACAUCAAAUUGUUUAGUUCAAAAGAUUUGGAAAAGGCCACCGACCGUUUUAAUGUGAAUAGAAUACUUGGCCAAGGAGGACAAGGCACUGUUUACAAAGGCAUGUUGGCAGACGGAAGAAUCGUUGCAGUAAAAAAGUCCAAGGUAAUUGAUGAAGGAAAACAGCUCAAAGAAUUCAUCAAUGAAGUUGUCAUUCUUUCACAAAUUAACCACAGGAAUGUGGUUAAAUUGAUUGGCUGUUGUUUGGAGACGGAAGUUCCUUUGCUAGUUUAUGAAUACGUUUGUAACGGAACUCUUUUCCAAUAUGUCAAUGGCCAAAUUGAAGAGUUCCCACUAACAUGGGAUCUGCGCUUACGAAUUGCAACAGAAGUUGCAGGAGCUCUCUUCUACUUACACUCAGCAGCUUCCACUCCCAUUUACCAUCGGGACAUUAAGUCUACAAACAUACUUUUAGAUGAUAAAUACAGAGCCAAAGUAGCUGAUUUUGGGACUUCAAGAUCCAUCGACGUCGAUCAAACUCAUUUAACCACACUAGUACAUGGCACGUUUGGAUACUUGGACCCUGAAUAUUUACAAUCAAGUCAGUUUACAGAAAAAAGUGAUGUUUAUAGUUUUGGUGUUGUCCUUGCUGAGUUGUUAACCGGAGAAAAAGCAAUCUCUUCAACAAGGACACAAGAACCGAGAAGUUUAGCCACAUAUUUCAUUCAAUCGGUGGAGGAAAACAAUUUGUUUGAUAUUAUUGAUUGUCAAGUUUUGAAGGAAGGUAAAAAAGAAGAGAUCCUUGCAGUCGCGAAUCUUGCGAAAAGGUGCUUGAACUUAAAUGGAAAGAAACGACCGACAAUGAAAGAAGUUGCAAUAGAGUUGGAGGCAGCUCAAAUGUUGCGAAAAGGUCAUAACCUUCAGAAAAACUAUGAAGAGCUUGAAUAUGUCAAAGCCGAAGUGUACGAGUUAUGGGAUGCUGUUCCCACAUCAAUAGUAUCAACCUCAUCCAUAGAUUCCCAACCAUUAUUAUCUUCUUAAUCAAUAUGAACCAGUAUUUUUUUUAA